CGAUUUCAGCGACCUCCAAAACCCUUAGGAUACAGGAGAUCCGAAGACCUCGCGAACGUACGAGAAAUCUAGCCAGAAGGGCGUCAGAAGACGAAGGGAUGGUCGAACUUUAUUGAAAGAAUUAAGCUUCUUAAUUAACACGUUAAAAGAGCUUUCUAAUGAUUGGGAAGGCAAAUUGAAGCAAGAUAGUGCCGCUUUAAUGAGAAAUUGCUUGCACUGGCAUAAGGGUGGUUCACUCCUUAAACGUUUUUCCGAAAGACACAAAAACAUGUAUAUAUCCUACUUUUUUAAGUACUUUAAAAUGCGAUUGAUUUCAUCAAAAUCAAAUCAAUAGUUUGUUUGUUAGGUUAGGUCCAUAAGUCCGGGUCCAUUUCCCCAUACGGAACAUCGAUUUAUGAACGUUUUCCUGAAAAGACGACUUUUCGAAAACUCCAUUUGAGUGUCGUAAAUUUUGAAUACCAAACUGUCGUUAACCCAUCACAGUGCUGUUCUACUCUAUCCUAUAGUCAGUCUACGAAUUCAAUGUUUUUCUUUAUUUCGUUUUAAUAAUUUGUGUUAAAAGGAUAUAAGAACACGUGUCCCUUAUUCACAUAACCGAAGUCCUUGGAGUACUGCAGUAACAGUAAGAACGUUAAGUUAUAUGAAAUCAGUUCCUUGAGAAUAUUUUGUCACUAAAUAAUCUUCUUUUGUUUUUCAAUAUAAUUAUUCGCUAUAAAUGACGUCUGCUCUUUUAAAAUCACGAUUUGUCUUUAACAAUCCGUAUUAUCACUACUGACUCAGACGUAAAAAACAUCUUACGCAAUAUAAGGUCGUUCAUGUAAUCCCGGAAAACUGGGAAUUUUAUUAGUGUAAUUAUUAACGUAAUAUAAUUUUUUUUAAAUAUUCUUUUAUUUAGCAUAUCGGGUAAUAUAUAAAGAAUGAAACGAUACUUUUGUCAUUUAGCGGAUACUACGGAUAUUGAAUAAAGAUAUAAAGAUCAUAAUUACUUUUGCGAAGGUCGAUACGUUUCCCAUUGGAUAACGUAAUCAACCAAAUGGUGAUUCAGAGAAAAGACGUUCGCCGAAAGUCCCAGGCGCAGAAAUGACGAUUGGGUAUUUACAUUUAUUCGGUUCGAUAACGAUGCAGCAUCGAAUAAAACUUUUGUUUUAUUUCAUCUCAAAUAAGACUUGUAUCCAAUUGCGAUGAGUCCAAAGGGAUCGUGCCCGAUAAUUUAUGUGCAAGAAAAAAUAGAUUUUCAGUAUGUUAGUUUUCAAUUUUUUUAUAUAAAUUUUAGUAUACAUAUAUGUUUUUACUUGUGCUCUGAAUUCUUUUAUUACUAUAAAACGUAUCUGUAUACCACCCUGUGAUGGUAAAGCAAAAAUAAGAAGAGGACCAAGAGGAAGUUAAGGAUUUCAGCUACUACGGAUAACAUCAGUAACCCCAACCGAACGCGACGAUGAAAAAAAAACUUAGUCGGUUUUGCCUAACCUAACCCCUCGAUUUGCCGCAAUCGACGGGCCGUCACCCAGAAUCAGACGUACCUACCUUCAUUUUCGCCUCUCGUGUGCCAGACCCUGACGAUGCCCUCUUUCUGACAGUAUCAGAUGUCCAGCGGUUCCGGAACUAUUCAGCCUCUUGGCUGUAACGCUUGCAACCCCAAGCGAGAGAUGUCGCCUGGAGCUCGAAGCGAAUACCAAAGCUACCCGUUGGAAGCCGCGACCGUCGAGAAGUUCAAAGGAGCGUAUAUUCGGGUAACACAUUGAGCUGUUCGGCUGGACAUGACACGAUUCGGUGACAACGCAACCUAACCUAUGUUAACCUGACUAGAAGAAGAGAAAGACAACCCUGACAAAUUUUCUAACCUUUAAAUUAGCCUGGUAGCUUAUAAUCGUUAGUACCCACGCAUGCGCGAUAUCGCGAGUGAAUCGGUGCACAGUUCAUGCGCAACAGUCAAGUCGUCUGACAUAUACACGAGCCUUAUCCAUGCCACCACUGGCCGCCACAUGUCCCGAAGGGCUCACGAAGUCUGCUCGCUCGUAACCAGUCCGAGAGCAGCAGUCGCGACCGUAAGAAGCGCGUUUUCCCGUCUCCCCGAGUCACGAUUAGUUUAUGUAAAUAGUGAAACAACAGAGCAAGAUUGUUCAACGAAAUAAAUGAAUUAGAUUUCCAAAUUCGUGCAAACCCUUUCUCCUGCCUUUCGUUCCCUCGACACAUCCACGUACUCGCGAGUGCACUGUUUCUUUCUCCUCUUUCUCCUGCUGCCUACACUUGCCGUUUCUCCACUCUCUCUUGUUUUUCAUCUCUCGAUCAAGAUCGCCCGACUUGUUUCAUUUAUAUUUAAUCAAUGUGCCUUUGCGGCUGACAACAAGGAGGAAGACUCGGUGACAGGAUUGUAGGAUCACAGUUUUUUCUCCCCGUGAAAAGAAAACAACUGCAUCUUGGUAAAAAUGGCAGGACCAAAAAGAAGGAAAAAUUGCAUGUCGGAAAAUUUGCUGACAUUAUUGACCGUAAUCGGUGUCUUCGUUGGAGUUGUUUUCGGAUUAAUUUUGAAAAAUGUCAAGAGUGAUUGGACCGAACGACAAAUAAUGUACAUAAGAUACCCGGGUGAUAUUUUCCUCAGUAUGCUGAGUGGCCUUAUUUUACCUUUAAUCGUAGCCAGCAUAGUCAGCGCGAUCGGCAAUUUGGACCUCGGUUUGUCAGGGAAAAUCGGAUUGCGAUCAAUUUUUUACUACAGCACGACAACUGUGUCUGCCGUCAUUCUCGGGAUUAUACUUGUCCUAACGAUUCGACCUGGAUACAUAUCUGGAUCCUCAUUCGUUGCCGAUAGAGUGAAUGCGCCAGAAAUGAAAAUCACAACAACUGAUACAAUGUUGGACUUAAUUAGAAACAUCUUUCCAUCGAACAUUGUACAGGCCUGUAUUCAGCAUUACCAAACCGUCUUGAAAGAACCAGGAAACAUGACCGACGAUAGUGACAUUUCUAAUUGGACAAUAACCAGCAAAUAUGUCGACGGAACGAAUACUCUUGGUAUUGUGAUCUUCGGCAUUGUUUUUGGAAUUGCGCUUGCGAAAAUGGGGGAAGCGGGUGAACCUGUUCUGAACUUCUUCAAUUCCUUAUCUGAAGCCAUGAUGAUUAUAACCUCCUGGGUUAUUUGGAUUUCGCCGAUUGGUGUGAUGUGUCUGGUUACCUCAAAAUUAUUAGAAAUCCAAAAUUUUGGAGCCAUCGUCGGUCAACUUGGAUUCUAUUUCUUAACAGUUGUCUUAGGUCUGAUACUACAUGGGUUUGGUACGCUCACCAUUAUCUUCUUUGUCUGCACUAGAAAGCUGCCAUUCAAAGUUAUCAGCCAACUAGGACAGGUCAUGGUCACUGCUUUCGGAACUUCUUCAAGUUCCGCCACACUGCCUAUCACACUUCAGUGUUUAGACAGUAUGGGGAUGGAUCCUAGAAUAACAAGGUUUGUGGUUCCAAUUGGUGCAACGAUCAACAUGGACGGAACGGCGCUUUACGAAGCUGUUGCCGCCAUUUUUAUUGCACAAGUACGUGGCAUUGAACUCUCGUUCAUCAAUGUCAUCGCGAUCAGCAUAACGGCAACGGCUGCUAGUGUAGGAGCUGCUGGGAUUCCUCAGGCAGGUCUUAUUACAAUGGUGAUGGUGUUAAAUACUGUUGGUUUACCCGCCGAAGAUGUUACUCUUAUUAUUGCCGUCGAUUGGCUUCUGGAUCGUUUCCGGACAACCAUCAACGUAAUGUGUGACGCGCUCGGCGCGGUCAUAAUUGAACAUAUGAGUAAAGGAGAGCUGGACGCUGUUACAAUAAAUCGUGAAGAAGACAACGUUGAACUUGCGCAACUUAGAAAAACUGAAUCAUAA